AUGGGUGACUCUGUGCAUAACCAAAAGCGAGCUUUGACCGUGUUGGAAGGCAUUGUAGAGAUGGGCACACCCCAGUUUCAAAAGUCAUUCGCGACACCUAGUCUUGUGUCUUCACUGAAAAGCACGUCUAUGAGCUUCGGCACCGACAAUGGCGUUCGACGUAAGCUUAUGCUAAUCUUGCUUUCAUGGCACCGCCAUUUUAUGCGCGAUCCCGAGAUGGCGCAUGUAUCGAGUCUGUACGGUCUCUGCGGUGGUGUUGACCGGGAACCUUUGGCCUCGAUAAAUCGAACAAACCCAAGUUCGGCACCUGAGAACCGACGUGCGAUUGAUUUACUGCAUUCCCAUGGCUUGAGCAGCGUUGAAGGUACAAUUGAGGCUUCAGAUAAAGAGUGCGAAAAUCUACUGAAUGCUAUGGCUGCUGCCAGCAAAUCGAGCGAGCCGAUCAUGCAAAAUCCUGACGUUAAGACACAUGCCACCCUAACGCUCGAGCUGCAGAAAGAAAUUGUACACUUUAUUCAUACUGUUGGCGACAGCUUCUAUCUAAGUGCGUUGGUGCUGGCCAAUGAUAAGAUCGUCGAUGUACUGCAGCGGCUCCAGGAUGUAGCGGCCGGUAUGCCUGUGUCUAUGCAUCCAUUGGGUACGAAUGCACCCUCCAAAGAAGAGCUAAUUGUUAACGCGUCACGUCGCUUAUCUGUCCCUGAUGUUAUGCCGACGCCUUCGAAUGCAUUGCUUCGCGAGGUGGAUCAUUCUCUGAUGGUGCAUUCUGGCUUCACCUCUGCGGCUCCGUCGCGUCCUAGUGCAGAGCCCAGCGAGCAGGCCGACCCAAACGAGAUUGACAUGUCAGCAGUCGAACGCAACUCGCAGCAAGUGCAGGGAUCCAUCUCAGGCAUUAAGCUUUACUCCAUAUAA